AUGAUACCAUCAACAUUGAAAACUAUUUUUGUGGAUGCUGAUCUUGAUGAUUCAUCCGUUAUGCUUGAUGUUCAACAUCCCUAUCGUGAUAAAGAUCUUCUUUUAACAAAUCAUUAUGAUGAUGUCGAAGAUGAUAUUCAUGAUCAGAAUUCACCAUUUUUUGGUUUAUUCCCUCCAACAUCGGAUACAUUAUCAAAUACGUUACUUUCGGCAUGUCUUAGUCAUGACAGUUCUGGUUCAAGUUCAAAUGGUUCAUCAGCUGCAUUUUCAUUUACGGAUUCUGCUUAUGCAUCAUCACAAUCACCACCACCACUAUCAUCAUCAUCAUCACAAUCCCAAUAUUCAAAUAAUACAGCCAGUCAAUCAAUUUCAAUUAUGCGCGGCUUUCAAUCCCAACAACAACAACAACAACCCCAACAACAACAACAUCCUCAACAAUACAAGCAAAAUAUUAAACCUGUAGCAUCUACACAUUCAUCAUUACUUGCUGGUUUAACAACUUCGACACCUAGUUCAAGUUUGUCAAGUGUUCAUUCAACAACAGAUAAUCCAUGUUGUUCAUCAUCACCAUUUUAUCAUAAACAACAACAUCAAGAAGAUCAUUAUAAUUAUUGGAAUUGUCCUGGAUGUCAAGAAGCAUAUAAACAAAAUCGACCACAAGUUCUUCAAUGUUUUCAUUCAUUAUGUGAAACAUGUAUAGAAAAAUUAUCCGAAAAUGGAACUAUAUCUUGUCCAUUAUGUAGUGUAACAACGAUGUUAACAGAUAUUUUACCUGAUUAUACAAUACAAAAUAAUCAUUUAAAUACACCCAAUGAUUAUAUGUUAUCAUUAGGUGAUAAUUCUGCACAAUAUUGUACAGCAUGCAAAACUUCAGAAUCAAUGGCUGUAGCUAAAUGCUUCCAAUGUUCGAGCUUCCUAUGUAAUCAAUGUGUAUGUGCACAUCAAAUAAUGAAUUGCUUUGAAGGUCAUCGUGUUGUUCAUAUAAAAGAACCUGAUUCUAAUGGUAAUGAUCAUCGAUUAAUGUUUUGUCCAACACAUAAAAAUGAAACAUUAAAAUAUUUUUGUGCUACAUGCAAUAUACCAAUUUGUAAUACAUGUACAACAACUGAUCAUGGACGUAAUGGUCAUGAAUUUGUUCUUUUGAAUGAUGCUGGAUCACAUCAAGUAGCAAAAUUACAACAUAUGGUUGAAAAUACUCGUCAACGUUUAAUUGAUUUAAGACAUUCACAAAAAACAGUUGAUCGAUCGUAUACAUCAUUACAAGCACAAUAUAAUAAAGCUCAGCAUGAUAUCAAUGAAACAUAUAAUUUCUAUCGACAAUUACUUGAUGAUAGAAAACAUGAUCUUAUUAAGGAAUUGGAUAAUACAUAUAAUGAAAAACAAAAUGUUUUAACAAAUCAAAUGCAAAAAAUUGAUGAUGCUAUUGAACGAGCUAAUUUACCAUUGGAAUUUUCGGAUCGUUUAUUUAAAAAUUCUUCAAUAACAGAAAUUUUAAUGUUUAAAAAACAACUUGAAAAUAAAUUAAAUACAUUGAAUCAAAUUCUACCUGAUGCAAAUGGACAAUCAUCAUUUGAGUUAGAAUUUGUUUCAAAUUUUCAAGCUAUACAAACAGGUGUACGAAAUACAUUUGGUUAUGUUCGAGCUGUACCAGAAACAACGUCAUUGAAUAAUCAUUAUAAAUCAAGACCACAGAAGAUAACCAAUGAUAAUUUCAAUAAAGUUAUUGGUCCACCAUCACUCAAUACUUGUCAUAAUCAUAAUCAUAAUCAAUCACAAAAUAAUCUUUCAGCGCUUAGUCCAACAAAAUCAAUUCAACAACAACAACAAACAAAUAAUGCAAAUCAUUUAUUAAAUGGUAUGGAUAUACUUUCAUGUAGUUUACCUCAAACAACAAUAAAUAAAUAUACAAAUUUAUCAUCAUCAACACCAACACCAAUUAGUUUUUCUUUAUCAACAAAUACGCUUGAUAUAAAUCCAUAUGAAUUAUGGUCGAAUGCUCCACAAUUAUCAUCAACAUCUCAACAGCAAUUAUCAAGUUCAUUAACAUCAAGUAGUGGAAAUGCAAAUCUUAAUGGACAAGAUUCUGUUGUUGAUCUUGUUGAUAGUUUAUCAUCAUUUGAUGGUUAUUCAUCACUUGCACAAAAUUUAUUAUUACCAGGACGUUCAAAUAAUUCAACAAUAAAACGACAAAAAAUGAUUUAUCAUCAAAAAUUUGGUGAAUUUGGUGUACUUGAAGGACAAUUUACUGAACCAUCAGGUGUUGCUGUUAAUGGACAAGGUGAUAUUAUUGUUGCUGAUACAAAUAAUCAUCGAAUACAAAUUUUUGAUUCAAACGGACGAUUUCGUUUUCAAUUUGGUGAAUGCGGCAAACGUGAUGGACAAUUAUUAUAUCCAAAUCGUGUUGCUGUAUUUCGUCAAUCAGGUGAUAUUGUUGUUACUGAACGUAGUCCAACACAUCAAAUACAAAUUUAUAAUCAAUAUGGACAAUUUAUACGAAAAUUUGGUGCCAAUGUUUUACAACAUCCACGUGGUGUUUGUGUAGAUAAUAUGGGACAUAUUAUUGUUGUUGAAUGUAAAGUUAUGCGUGUAUUUAUAUUUGAUACAAACGGAAAUGUUUUAAAUAAAUUUACAUGUUCAAAAUAUUUAGAAUUUCCAAAUGGUGUUUGUUGUAAUGAUAAACAAGAAAUAUUUAUAUCAGACAAUCGUGCACAUUGUAUUAAAGUAUUUUCAUAUGAUGGACAAUUUUUACGAACAAUUGGUUCUGAAGGUGUUACUAAUUAUCCAAUUGGUGUUGUACAAAAUAGUCAAGGUGAUGUACUUAUUGCUGACAAUCAUAAUAAUUUUAAUUUAACAAUUUUUAAUCAAGAUGGUCAAUUAAUAAGUGCUCUUGAAUCAAAAGUGAAACAUGCUCAAUGUUUCGAUGUCGCUCUUAUGGAUGAUGGAAGUGUUGUUUUAGCAAGUAAAGAUUAUCGUAUAUAUGUUUAUCGAUAUUUAAUGACAUCAGCAUCGAUUGGAUCCGGAGGAGGUGUUACAGGUAAUAAUACAACACCUUCAUCACCAAUAUCAUCUUCAUCAACAACACCAGGUAGUAGCCAAAUAAUUGGUGGUGAAUGUACAUCACCACUUUUAAUUAAUGGUCAUGGAGAAAGUCCAUCAAUGACAAGUAAUGAGUAUUAA